AUGUCACAGGGCUCAGCUUAUUGGGCGGGAGCACUGAGCAUCAAUCUUCGGCACAGAGAGGACCGUGCAAGCUGUCCCUUCUACUGUCAAGUGAUCGGUGCGGCAGCCAUGGCGACGAUGCUCUCGCCUCCGAAACCAAGCCGACCAGGCAUCAGCGCCCACCUUCGCUUUGCCAACAUGGUACCAGCGGGGACCGAUAUGCUCACCAACCCCGGCGGGCGACCGACCAGGGGCCAAGCAUGUAGACCCUCGAAUAGCUGCCAAGACAACUUUCGAGGGUUGGAAUGUGUAGUCAGUUCAGGGAGGCAGAACAUGCUCUAUGCUGCGCUUCAAUAA